CAUGGCUGAAAGUAUUGAUGUAGAUAAUAUAUUAAGAGCUUUAGGAAAGUACAAACGCUAUACUAUUAUUCAGAUUAUCUACAACUAUUUUAUAUGUGUUUAUCUGAUAGCUUUUCCAAUGUUGGUGUAUGUACUUGUCGGUUAUAGUCCUCCACAUAGAUGUAAACCAUUGACAGAUGAUUUGUAUAAGUAUGGAUUGACGGAUUCUAUCAAUGUUUCAUAUACUGUUAUUGCUGAGGAAAGCUGCCAUUCUGUCAUAGCUUUAAAUCUAUCAAACACUACACGAACUAUGGAUGUACCCUGCAUAGAAGGUUACGUGUAUGACAUAAACCAAGAAACGUUUGUUACAGAGUGGAAUUUAGUUUGCGACAAAGCUGGCUUAGGAGAACUUACACAAACUAUUUUUACCGCUGGGCAAGCGGUUGGUGCUUUACUGUUCCCAUCUCUAUCGGAUAGAUUUGGACGGAAACCAGUCAGUAUUACUGCUAUGUUAUCAGUAACAAUUCUAUCGUUUGUUGCAUCCUUUAGCAACUACUUUGUUUAUACUGUAUUUAAAUUCUUCACGGGUGCUAUUCAACAGGGAGUAGGCUUAACCAUGGCUGUUUAUCUACUGGAACAAGUCCCAAGAGAAAAUCGUGGAUUUGUGAGUGCUCUUGGUUCAUUUGGGUGGGCAACCAGUAUGAUUGGUAUAUCUGCUGUCGGAUAUUUCAUGCAGAACGUCAGCUGGAGAUAUGUACAGAUGGUAUCUGGACUGAACGGAGUUCAUGCAAUUGCUACUUUUUGGAUAUUGGACGAAUCAUUAAGGUGGCUUAUAGCAAAUAAGAAAAUGAAAAAAGCACGGUUGCAGGUGAAGAAGAUUGCAAGGAUCAAUAAGGUAAACGUUGACGAUGUGUUGCCUCUUUUGGAGGACGAAAUAGAGAUAACUACACCCUUGAAAGAACCAGAUUUACUAGUUAAUGUAGACAAACAGGACAGAAAAAUUAACAGAGAAAACUUGUUCACAAUUUUACAACAUAAGCUACUGCUGAAGACUACUGGGAUCAUGGCCUUCACCUGGUUUACGAAUUCUUUAGUUUAUUUUGGAUUAACCUUUACAUCAACACAACUAGCUGGUGACAGACAUUUUAACUUUUUCCUUAAUGUAGCCGUGGAAACACCAGCUAUGAUUUCUUUCAUGGUGUUAGUGAGAAGAUACAAGAGAAAAAGUAUUUCAGUUAUAUUCCAUAGUAUAGCCGGGAUUUCCCUAGUUCUAUCUGUUAUAUUUAGUACUCUCAAAGAAAGAAAUCAUCAUUAUGAAACAGCCUCCAUUAUAUUUAGUUUUAUUGGGAAGUUUGGAAUCACUGGAUCUUUCAGUUUGAUAUUUUUGUUUACACCAGAAUUAUACCCGACAAAUUUGAGAAACAUCGGUAUUGGUUUAGGAUCUAUGUCUGGACGAGUUGGUGGCAUGCUAGCGCCAUAUGCUACAAUGUUGGCAACCUAUAUAGAAUGGGCACCUGGAAUAAUCUUUGGUGUCUGUUGUGGUGUUGCAACUUUAUUACAACUUUUACUGCCAGAAACUAGUGGCAAGGAACUGCCACAGUCAGUACGGGAACUGAGAGAAUGGGAUAAACAAAGGGGUCUUAAAUUUAAAUCUAAUGAAACCAAGGAGACGAUUGGUAAUGAUACUGUUAAUAUGGCUAAUAUCGACGUAGACAAAAUAUUAUUGUCUCUAGGAUGGUUCGGUCCUUACCAAAGACAACAAUGUGUGUAUUUUGCUUUCGCAAUGACAGGUGUUGCCUAUGCAAUACUCGCAUAUAUUUUUGCAGCUUACAGACCACCAUUUACAUGCGACGUGCCUGUGAAUAAUUCUUUGGUGGCUUCGGUUGUAAAUGGUACUGAUAUUCAGCUGAUUGGUAGUACAUGUGAAAUUGAAGUAGUCCGAAAUAGUACUAAUAGUUCCGGCCAUGAUGUACUAAAGACAUUACCAUGUCACUAUGGUUACAACUACGAUAUUCAGCAAGAUACUGUAAUUACGGAGUGGGACCUCGUAUGUCAAAGUGAAGGUAAAGGAGGACUUACUCAAUCUAUGGUAACAUUUGGCCAAAUGUUUGGAUCCGUAAUAUUUCUACCGCUUGCUGACCGUUAUGGAAGAAAGAAAAUUAUGAUUUCAGUUGGAUUUUCCAUGUUUCUAGUUGGAACGCUUAUAUCUCUGUCACCGAAUUACUACGUUUAUAUUGCAAUGAAGUUUUUGUCUGGUGCAACUCUUGAGGGUUAUGGCAUGACAAUGUAUACUUACAUUUUUGAAAUGUUUCCUGGGAAAUAUCGUUCUUAUAUUGGCAUUUUUGGAGCCUUUUGGUGGAGUACAAAUGUUAUUACCGUCACUGCCUUUGGUUAUGGUCUACAGAAUUAUUCAUGGCGAAUUCUACAUUUGGCACUUGGAUUAAUGGCAUUCAUCAAUUUAUUUAUAUUUUGGUUAUGUGACGAGUCGCUGAGGUGGCUGGUUGCUAACGGUAAAAUAAAAGAGGCACAUCAACUAAUUCAAAAGAUUGCAAUGAAAAACAAGAAAGACCCAGACAAAAUUGUACCAUUGUUGAGCUCAUUCGACAGUGAAGUAGAGAACGGUGUAGGAUAUGAAAAAGAAGAAAAUAUUAAUAGUGAUAUACAUGUCAAAUCAGCAAUUGAUCCUGUCACUUCAGUUGAUCCUGUCACAUCAGAAGUUAAUACUGUCACGACUAAGAGUUCAAAUAAUCCGACAGUAUUAGAUAUUUUUAGAAAUGCAUUUGUGUGUAAAAUAGCUUUGAUUUGGAUGUUUACAUGGUUUACAAAUGGUAUGACGUAUUAUGGGCUAUUGUAUUCUUCUGUACAAUUAGAAGGUAGUCGAUUCUUGAACUUUUUUGUAAAUGGUUUGGUGGAAUACCCGUCAUGUGUGGUCUUUGCAAUAUUAGUGAAUAUGAACAGCAUCAGUAGAAAGAAGUUAACUAUAGGCUUCCAUUUGCUGGCUGGUAUAUCAAUGAUACUGUCUGUUGUAUUAAUUAGUUUUAGAGAGAAAAACGAAAUAUUUGUUAAACUAGCUAUCGCCUGUAGUUUUAUAGCCAAAACAGGUAUAGCAGGUUCCUACAAUUCCAUAUUCAUUUAUACACCGGAGACAUUUCCUACAAAUUUAAGAAAUAUGGGAUUAGGUAUAGGAGCUUUUGGUUCACAUAUUGGUGGAGUUAUUGCACCGUUUGCGACUCUUUUGGCUUUCCAUGUCGAAUGGGGACCUGGAGUAGUGUUUGGAGCAUGCUGUCUCAUUGUUUCAUUUCUUCUGUUAUUUCUACCAGAAACUAAAGCAAGACCACUGCCCCAAACAAUUAUGGAGAUGAAGCAGUGGAACAAGAAACAUUGCAAUCAGUCUGAUGAAAAAACUAUUUAUGUUAAUUAG